AUGAUAUUCUCACUGCUGUAUUUACUCGCGCAAUUUGUGAUUCUCGUCGAUGCACAGAAUAAUUUCCAUCCGGAUUGCGCCGAUCCACACAACAAGGAGAUCUCUUGCUCGGUGCAUGUUGUGAGUUGUGAAGAGGAGUUAUUACUACCGGUGAAUGAUGGAGAUGAACCACCAGAAGCACACGACGUAAGAGUGGAACCAUUUGCGAGAGCGACGAAGCACAAACAUCAAUUACAUGUCGACAUUUCAUGGCAAAUGCCACCAAGCAAUAAUUCUUUCCGAAUUCGAGCCUUUGAAUUGGAAGUUGAAAGUGGUGAUGGAGGGGAAAAUCGAUGUUUUCUCUUUAAUGUCUCGAAUUUUGGAUGGACUGAGGAUUCGGCAUCGCCUCGAUUCCAUUUUUCAUCUGAAAGCCUUUUCGAAUUUUCUCACGUUUACUCGAUCCAUCUUCGAUCUCUUCCAAUGAGUAAAAAUAAGAAAUCUCAAGUCUCUCGCAAUGCAACAAUGCCCUCAAAUCCUGAUUUGGAGCAAGAUGAUCGGACAAAUAUUACAGCUUGGUGCAAAAAGCAUUCUGACCCACAAGCAUCAAAAUGGACAGCCGCUUUUCGGAGAAUAUUUCUGCAUUCACUUGCAAGAACAAUCCAGGUGGAAUUCGUUGGCGCACCUCAACAAUAUUGCUUCGAAGCGUAUGAAGUGAGAUUGAAAGAUGAAUCGGGAAUGGAGCUGGCACACAGUCAUAUCGUUGAGGCAAAGGAUAUGAAAAACGAGACAAUCGGCGGGAAAGUAAUGUUUUUUGGAGAGUACAACUUCACUGGAUUAGAGGUUGAGACGGACUAUAUUCCAUCAGUGAUUCCCGUCGAAAGAUCGUCGGAUAGACGCUGCUUGUGCCCAACGCAGAAUGAAAAUCCGUACGACAAUCAAAUUGUGUGCAGUUGUAUUGCAGCUGAUUGGAAAAAAGUUCGCUUGGCCAGAAUCGACAAAUUACCCAGUUCACCUUGUCCUGAAUGCGUCAAAAAUGGAACACUUGACAAUAAACCACCGAAAAGUGAUCACAAGACUCUUUCUGUAUUGAUUGUUGUGGCUGUACUGGCAUUGAUCCUUCUUGUUCUUGUUUAUUAUCUUUUCGUCUUUUACAGAAGACAACGAAGACGUGGAAAAGCUCUGCGAUUUCAUUUCAAAAAUGUUGACAACAAUGUUAUUGGAACCGCUGAACCAAAUCAACCGCUUAUCUAUAAUUCUUGUCUCUCUGUGUUGAUCGUUUAUUCACAUGAUUGUGCUUUUCACGAAGCAGCAAUCCAUGCUUUUGCUGAAGUACUUCGAGAUACUUUUGGACUUCAAGUACAUAUCGAUCAAUGGGAUCAAGAAGCGAUCGAAGAGAAUGUCAACACUUAUAUAAACUCGAGUAUUGUCAAAGCUGAUAAGGUGAUAAUCGUGAAUUCGAUUGGCGCGUAUAUGCGAACAAAAGCAAGACACCAAAAAAUGGAACCUCUUGAAAGGAUUCCCCAAGGACCGCUUGAUCGACUAUUUGAUCUGCAAAUUGAUUUAGCGUUACAACAUGCUCGAGUGAUAUCCGUUCGUUUCCCGUACACUCAAUCAUCAUGUACACUGUAUGCAUUAUCACCGCUGCUACAGUACACAAUUCCCGAUAAUCUUGGCCUCUUGGUUUCAUCGUUGACCGAAUGCACUCUAAGAUCGGAUCCGCGUCUUUCCGAAAGUGAUCCAUCAUGGUUCGAGAAAAGUCAUCAUCGGAUUCAGCCAUAUUCGAUUACGAUGGAAAUGAAUCGAUUCAAUGAUUCGGGUCUUGGAGAUACAUUUAACAGUGAAAGAAAUAAAGCCCAAAUCAAUGGAAUGAGUAUAGAAGAAGUGGCGAAAGAAACGGAAACGACGUCACUUCUCAGCGAGCAACAAGCGAAUGUUCAUGAGGUGAUACCGGAGGAGCCAUCUGGUUGCUCAACGCCUCGACACGAGAUAUCGGAUUCAGCCUAUUUAUCGGGAAGAAUCGAUUCAGUGAUACCGACAGCGUGUACAUCGGAUGCAGAUAAUCGAUCAUCGGGAUCGGAUCGACCUGAUGAUCCAAUCAUUUCAUUGGAGAAUUCUUCAAAAAAGACGGUGCUUCAAAAUGUUCCUUUAUCGAUGAAUGGAGAGAGAAUAGAAAACAUCGAAGCAGGGAAGAAAUUGAGGGAAAUCAGCGGGAAAGAUCCAGGAGGAGACUCGGGAAUGAUCACAUCAGAAUUCCAUUCAACAAUUCUUCAA